GAGCCUUCAAUAAACCAGAAAGGAUCCCUGUGUUCGCUAGCAGUUAGCUGUAGCUUUGUUUGAUUUCAGGUUUGGGUUGUGCCUUUGCAGCAAAAAUGUCUUCGGCUCAGUCUCUGAGACAUUUUAUUUCGGAGCGACUGACCGCUGCUGCUGAAGAAAUAUUCGCAGAGUUUGAUAAAACCAUCGUUAAAUACGAGGAGGAGCUGGAUCGCCACAGAAAACUGUUGGAAAUCUACUGGAACCCACAAAUAAAGCUACAGCGAAUAGACCUCCCACCGCAUUAUCUGUGGAAUAACCAGGAGGAUUUAAGUGAUCAGCAGAUCGACAAUCAGGAGAAGAACUCUAGUUUACAUGAAGAGGAACCAGAACCGUGCCAAAUGAUGGAGAGCCUUGAAGAUCUAGAACCUGAACAGAUGCAAGAGAAACAAGAACUUUGGCAUAUUAAAGAGGAACAGGAACAGCAGCAUCCUCUACAAAUAAAAGACCUCCCACAGCCUCAUCUCCGGAAUAACCGGGAGAAUUUAAAUGAGCAACAGAUCUACAAUCAUCGAGAGGAACCAGAACCGUGCCAGACGAUGGAGAGCCUUGAAGACCUCGAACCUGAACAGAUGCAAGAGAAACGAGAUGAACAAGAACUUUAUCAUAUUAAAAAUGAACAGGAACAACAGCAUCCCCUACAAAUAAAGGGUGAACAGGAGGAAUUGUGUAUCGGUCUAGAGGAAGAGCAGCUUGAAAUGAAGCAGAUGAUGAAUACUUUUAUGGAAAUUCCUACUUAUGAGGAAAGAUUCCACAGGGAACCAGACCCAGAUGUGGACCACCUCCUUGUCCAAACAUCUUCUGAUUCUGAUAACCAAAGUCAGGAAGAGAUAGAUCAUUAUGACACAAAAUCAAGGACAGAAACACUAAAUAAUAAUAGGCAUCAGAAAAUCAGAGGUCAGAGUGAUGAUGUACAAAGUCCAAGUUUAAAACGACAGCAGAACACAAAUAAGAUUAUGCUGUCUUGUAAGAUAUGUGGAAAAUCUGCUGUUUAUGGGACUUUGACGGACCAUAUGAAAACUCACACAGGUGAGAAGCCUUUUUCAUGUUUGACUUGUGGAAGAAAGUUUUCUGAAAAAAGAAGUAUGCUUAGACACAUUAGAGUCCAUACAGGUGAAAAACCUUUCCAAUGUCUGACUUGUGGAAAAAGGUUUUCUCUGAAAGAUACUUUGUCCAGGCACAUAAAAAUCCAUACAGGUGAGAAGUCUUACUCAUGUUCAGUUUGUGGAAAACGUUUUAUUCAGAGUUUUGGUUUGACUCGUCAUAUUAGAACUCACACACGUCAGAGACCCGUCUCCUUCUCCUGUCUGGUGUGUGGACAAGAGUUUAGUGAUAGGAAAUCUUUAUUUCAUCACAGUAGAAAUCACACAUGAUAAAGGCCUUGCUCAUGUAGGACCCUUUGGAAAGGAUUAUUUUAUUAGGUCAUUCAGAGAUAAUCUAAUCCAUUAAGAUCCGAAUAGCACAAAAUAUUAUCUAUUAUUUUCAGUGCUACUUGAUUUGUGCAGGUUGAAUUGUCGUUUAUGUUGAUUUGGUUUUAAGAUGUUAUUACAGCAAAUUAACAUUGCCAUACCAGCAAGCACUAGUGCUGAGCUUUUUUCAGGAUAUAAAGCUAUUGCAUAACGUAGCAUGUCAUUCCUGUGCAGGUAUUGAAUAUAACCGUGGGCAUUUUCACCUUAUUUAGUGGCUGGAAUGAUUGUUUAAUAUUUAGUAAAAUCACCAGCCUCCCAGACCCUUCAGUUUGGACCUGCUGUUACCACUGGCAACCCCAUUGCUUUUCCUGUUAAGGUCUCGCUGUAGGUGUUUAACAAUAAAAGCACAGGUGAAACUUAACGUCAAGGACUGCUGCUAAAUUGCUCUUUAUGCACAACUUUAGAAUCAGUUUUGAGGUGCCAUGAAUUUCUGGAAAAGCCCAGGAAGCAAUGAAAAAUAAAAGAAUUGACUUUGGUUAAUUAAGCUGGAUGACUGUCUGAUUAGGCAAUACCUCCUUGUAAAUCUACGCACGAAGAAAGCACCUAUGAUGGGGAACGGCUUUUUUUUAAAGCCAUGUUGAGAGCACUGCUUAUUUCUACCUUUAACCUUAUUUUGCCAGUAUUUCAUUUUAACUGAAAAAAGAUUCAGCUAACCCCUGUUCCUGAUUGGUUGCUGCGUCAUGACAACCAAUCAGCUACCUAAGAUAUUAUUUUCAUGAACAAUGUCCAUUCAUUGGCUCCGGUAAAAAUGAGCUACAUUUUAUGUAAAUACAUAAUGCUACAUCCCCAUGUACAGUAUAUAUGUUAUACUUCUCUUUAGGGAUGCUUUUUGGUUGCUAUAAGUGAGCCACUUCUACUCCUGAUGUGUUUUAUUUCUCUUACCUCAAAUAUGUUUUAUUUUCUUCUGUGUUUUAUUUGUAUGCAUUUUUAACAAAGUGUCCCAAUUUCAUUAUGGGUCCAUAUUUAUAAUAAAGA